AAAAUACAUAUACGUUCUCUGGUAAUACAUUCACAAAUCAUAAUAUUAAUGUCUAAUAAUUGAGUUAAAUAAUUGCUCAUGAAAUUACAUUUUAUUUGUGAUUUGUCUUUGUUUUUAAUGAAAUAAAAUUCAAUGUUUUUUGUAUAAUUUUUUUUGUGUUCAUAGAAUUAGAAUAAUUUUGCCAUAUGAAAGAGUUUGAAUAUGAUAACAGUGCUGGUGAAUGUAAAACUGAAAUAAGAAGCAGCACUUAUGAGAAGAAGCAAACGGUAAAUUGAAUCAGCCACUAAUUUAUGGCAUAAAUUUGUAUCAUACGCUUACGUUUUAAAUAAACAUUGAAUAAAAUGUCUGCGAAUACUACAACGCCCACAUCCACCAGCAAUGUGAGCUCCAUAUCGCCAAACGGCUCUGUCAGCGGUACAGAAGAUAUACAAUAUUUACUCUAUUUAGAAACUUUACGUCGCUUUCGAGACGAUGAGAUUAAUAUUAAGCGCCAAGUGGACGAAAAAACGCGACAGUAUUUGGAAGUUAAAGAGGAUUAUUUACAAUUGUACGCGAAAUAUGUGAAACUUACGACAUUGGCAGCCACACGUUGCGCGCUGUUAACAGACACCCAAUUGCCUUCCGAUAAAAUAGCCUCCGCGGAUAAGGAGUUAUUAGCCAUUACACAAAAACUGGCUACCGGUGAUGUAGUGGAAAUGAUUAGUGAAACUGCAGUCAAAGAGUGCAAGGAUAAAUUGGAAGCUUGUGAAGCACAUGAAUUAAAACAAUUAAGCCAUGAAUUAGCCGAGAGUAAAGCAACAGUGCGUGCAGUACAAUCCUCAACCGAAACAAUCGAGGCCACUAUUGAGACUGCUACACUGCAAAGUCUUGACUACUUUGUUGAAGAAGUUGGCAAUAGAAGUUGAAGUAAAAUAAAACACACACACAAAAUUGCAUUAUUUAACCACCGAAUAUAAAUUCAAUGGCUGCACUUUAUUAAUAGCGUGCUGAUUUGAAUUUUAUGAUUGAUUGAUGGAAGGAUGACAUAGAACGCGCGCAUUUCAAUCAUAGUUUCUAUCAUUUUUAGCGGUGGAGCGGAAAAGAGAAUAAAUAAAGGCGGGGAAAAUCAUCAUAUAAUUUGGCAUUAGGGUAACUAAAGCGCUAUUGUUUGAAUACAGUAUUUUUGUUUAAAAUUAUUUGUGUAUAUAUGUAUCGUAAUGUUUGUACUAAGUUAAAAAAUUGCAACUUGAAAUGUAAUAUGCUUAAGAUUUACCACUUGGAGCGCUUAGACCAAUCUUUAGGCGUCCAAUGUAGGCAUUUGGAGUCGAUGCGUAUUUUACGUUUAUCCAUGGCUUUCUUAUGUUGAUCAAUAAUGUCGCGACUUAUACAAACGAUGUACUGGCCCUUGUAAUAGUUAAUAAGAUUUAAAUUUUGUAAUGUAGAUAUAACAUCCUCCUUUUUGAUGGAAGUGCAUUCACAAAUAUCGCUGGGAGAGAUAAAUAAAUAUAAUUUAUGUAAAAUACUAA